CUACUCUCUUCUGUCUCUAACAAUAACUAAAUUCUUCAUUUUCACCUUUCAAUUUUCCAGAAUUCUUCAAGCUUAGCUUAUUGAUUCAUGCCUCCUCCUCAGCUUCAUAUACCUUUCUUCCCUUUGAUGUGAUCUGGAGAAUUCUUUUUUUUUCAGUUCAGAGAAGAGAAGGAGAGAAUGGGUUCUAAGUUCAUAUUGUUCGUAAUUUUGUUUUGUGGAGCUAUUUUCUGCUUGACAAGAGCUGAGCCGAUGGAGGAUAAGCGAGCCCUUCUUGAUUUCAUUGAUAGAAUUCACCACUCGAGGAAGCUGAAUUGGAAGGAGGAAACCUCAGCUUGUAGCAGCUGGGUUGGAGUGACUUGCAAUCAUAAUAAGUCUAGAAUCAUAGCGGUUAGGUUGCCGGGAAUUGGAAUGCGUGGCUCAAUUCCUUUGAAUUCCUUGAGCCGUUUAUCUGGACUUCAGAUUUUGAGUCUGAGAUCCAAUCGGAUCUCUGGUUCUUUCCCUUCUGAUUUCUGGAAGCUUGGGAAUUUGACCAUGCUCUAUCUCCAGUCCAAUAGCUUUCAUGGUCCCCUGCCGGCUGAUUUUUCUGUUUGGAAAAGCCUUUCAGUGUUGAAUUUGUCAAAUAAUGAGUUUAAUGGGAGCAUACCUUCCUCGAUGUCGAACUUGACUCAUUUGACAGCUUUGAGUCUUGCUAACAACUCGCUCUCGGGCGAUAUUCCUGAUCUCAACCUCCCUAGCUUGCAGCUAUUAGAUCUGUCCAACAAUAACCUCACCGGAAAUUUGCCUCCAUCUCUUAGCAGAUUCCCUGAUUCAGCUUUUGCUGGUAACCAUCUUUCUCCGGAGGUCUCUUUACCUCCCAUUCCCUCUGUUCUUCCUCCUGGUGCUCCACUGAGCAAGAAGUCCAAAAGCCUUAGUGAACCUGCACUGCUGGGGAUCAUAAUUGGAAGCUGUGCUUUAGGAUUUGCGGUAAUUGCUGUGCUGUUGAUUCUUUGCUAUUCACAGAAAGAAGACGAAAAUGGGGCUCCAGCAAAGCCGGUCAAAAAAGAUUCAUCUGUCAGUAAGGCGGCUUCCAGUAGUCAAAAUGGAAGAGAUAAUCUGGUGUUCUUUGAGGGUUGUAAUCUUGCAUUUGACCUUGAAGACCUGUUGAGAGCUUCUGCUGAGAUACUAGGGAAGGGAACCUUUGGGACUACAUAUAAGGCAGCUUUAGAAGAUGCAACCAUUGUUGUGGUGAAAAGAUUGAAGGAAGUAGGCGUUGGGAGAAAAGAAUUUGAGCAGCAGAUGGAGGUUGUUGGAAGUAUCCGGCAUGAGAAUGUGGCUCCUUUGCGGGCGUACUACUACUCCAAGGAUGAAAAACUCAUGGUAUAUGAUUACUACAGCUACGGGAGCAUAUCUGCUAUGCUGCAUGCUAAAAGAGAAGAGGGAUGGAUUCCUUUAGAUUGGGAUACCCGUGUGCGAAUCGCUAUUGGUGCAGCCAGAGGUAUUGCCUACAUCCAUGGACAGAGCGGAGGGAAGCUUGUCCAUGGGAACAUCAAAUCAUCAAACAUCUUCCUCAACUCUGAACAGUAUGGAUGUGUAUCUGAUCUUGGCUUGGCAACACUGAUAAGUCCGAUUGCUCCACCCAUCAGGCGAACUGCAGGGUACCGCGCCCCAGAAGUUAAGGACACCAGAAAAGCAACACAGGAAUCCGAUGUCUACAGCUUCGGUGUCCUGCUGCUCGAACUUCUAACCAGAAAGUCCCCGACACACGCCAUGGGCGGGAAUGAGGUUGUCGACUUGGUAAGAUGGGUGCAUUCCGUGGUUCGUGAAGAGUGGACCGCAGAAGUGUUCGACGUCGAGCUUCUGAAGUGUCCUAAUAUAGAGGAAGAGAUGGUGGAGAUGCUGCAAAUAGGGAUGAGCUGUGUGGGCAGAAUGGCAGAGCAGAGACCAAAUAUGUUAGAUGUAGUGAAGAUGGUAGAGGGCAUCAGAAGAGUGAAUACCGGAACCCAACCGUCCACAGAAGCUUCAACUCCCACCCUGAUGACACCACCCUUUCCGGAAGUAGGAUCAUCUUAUUCACAUCCACACUGAUUUACCGUGUUCAUGUUUUAUAGGAAAUAUGUUUAUUCACCCCCCAAUUGUUUUAUAUAUAUCUUCGUCCAUAUCUAGUUUUCCAUUUUUUUCAAAGAAUUAUUUCAACUUUGUCCCACGUUGGUUUACCUCUUAACGAAUAAACAAUUGUCAUGUGAUUAUACCCACUUUUUGUUAUUUGGAUACUCAAAUGUUUAGUUCACAAAA